UAACAGCUCACUUUGUUAUCUUGUGUAGUUUUAUCAGGCCGUGGUAUCGUAACGAUAGCCCGGGUACAGAGCAAAGGUCUCGGUCAGAGCAGUCUAUGGUCAGAGCUGACACACAGACUCGCUGUUAGAUUCACGGUCAUCCGAAAAGUCAGCUCCGCUACUUGAUCCAUCAUGAACUUCAUCCUGGAAACCCUCCAGGUCCUCCUGCUGUCUCUCUGGUACAACAUCGAGUCCUUCAUCUACUUCUUUUUGCCCAUGAAGAAGAAGAACGUGACAGGGGAGGUGGUGCUGAUCACGGGGUCGGGCAGCGGGAUCGGGCGGCUCAUGGCUCAGGAGUUUGCUGCGUUGGGGACGGUGCUGGUGCUCUGGGACAUCAACCAGGACGGCAUGAAGGAGACGGCCCGGCUGGCUAAAGAGAGCGGAGCCAGCAGGGUCCAUUAUUACGUGUGUGACUGCAGCGACAAGACCGAGGUGUACAGGGUGGCCGACCAGGUGAAGAGAGAGGUCGGGGACGUCAGCAUCCUGGUGAACAACGCCGGCAUCGUGACCGGGAAGAAGUUCAUGGACGCGCCGGACUCUCUGAUCGAGAAGACGAUGGAGGUUAACACCAUGGCUCACUUCUGGAUGUUCAAAGCUUUCCUUCCCGCCAUGAUCGCCAACAACCACGGUCAUCUGGUCAGUAUCGCCAGUUCAGCAGGACUGAUCGGAGUCAACGGACUGGCAGAUUACUGUGCCAGUAAGUUUGCAGCCGUGGGUUUCGCUGAGUCGGUGGGUCUGGAGAUGUUGGCGUUGGGGAAAGACGGCGUGAAGACGACCAUCGUUUGUCCGUACUUCAUCAACACAGGGAUGUUUGACGGAUGUCAGACCAAGUGGCCGACUCUGCUGCCCAUCCUGGAUCCAAAGUAUGUCGCCAAGAAGAUCAUCCACGCCGUGCUCACAGACCAGGUGUUCCUGCUGAUGCCCAGGAGCAUGUACCUGAUCACAGCCCUCAAGAACAUCCUGCCCAUGAAGCAGGGCAUCCUGCUCGGUCAGUACCUGGGAGCCUUCAGCCUCAUGGACACGUUCAAAGGACACUCCAGAGGAAAACAGGAGUGAAGGAUGGCUGAAAAGAAACCACAUGUACAGGGUCUUAUUUCUAAAUCUCCAGAAUGAAUUAGUCCAAUAACUCAGAGUAGGACCAAAGUUGUAGCAAAGAAUCUGACUUCAAUUUCCAGACGUGAUGUCCCCCACAUUUCAAUGGGUCAUACUUGAAUUAAAUAACUAAUGAAUGCCAGUCAGUCUCCAUAUCUGACAUAUAAAUCCAUGUUUUUAUAAAUUAAUAUUCUAAAUGAUAACGUUGGAAAGAAGCAUUAUCUUGAGUUCAAAUGUUAUCUUGUUUUUAACAUUUUCCAAAAAGAAGAAACAAAUACGGUUUAUGCUGCCGUGUAUGUAGAUGCUGAGGCAGUACCGUUAAUGUUUUAGUGGUAGUGUCAUAAAUGUAAAAAAAAGUGCUCAUAAGAACCUCUUAAACUCUCACAGCCUGAGUGCCUACUGCUGCUCUCUGAGGAGCAGCGCUGAUGAUGUAACGAUGUGUCAUCAGUCCCAGACAAACAGCUGCGUCAACCACUCACCUGUACGGAAAAACAAAAGACAAAGCUCAAAUGUAAUGUUUUCCUUAUACUCACUUAUAUAAUAUGGUAUAUUCGUCAUUUAACGGUUAAUCCAAAUGCUACAUUGUUAUAAUGGUGAGGCUUAAGCCCGAGUAUACUUGCUUUUAACUAUGCAAACACUCAGCCUUGCUUGCAGUGGUUUGGAGCGUUGGUUGUGCACAUCCUCAGAAAUUAACCCUAUGCAUUCACAAGAUGCAAUAUGCAUUUAACCACUAGGAGGAGCUUAGAGUUGUAUGGUGAUGAGACUGGAAACAAACAUCAGACACACCAGAGAGACGCUACAACAAUGGCCGAAAGUUUUGAAGAAAAGUAAGUCUGCAACUACCCGCACUAUGAUGUCUCAUUGCUGUUGCAUAGCAACAAACAUGCGUGCCAUUGGCGAAAGCUCAUCUCUACUUCAGUGUUUUACGACGUCUGAUUGAUAUGGUACUCCCUCUAGAGGAAUCCUCCAGUAAGACACGCUGUACAACAUUAACGUUCACGACGCAGCAGGUUGUCCAAUGGUACGCCUGGUUCAAAAGCAAGUAUAUUUGAGCCUUUAGUUGUAAUUUCAUACCAACAUUGUGCUGGUAUUAAAGGCCAUUUCAAGGUUUUAUAUUCACAUAUUUUAGGACUAUUAGAAACAUGUAAAAAAAAAGUUGAUCUGUUCAUCCUGCAGCAGUGAAACAGAGGCUGUAAUGUCUGCAACAUAAUCCUUUAUGGAUCAAAGUGUGAUCUCUAAAAGUUGUUGUAAUUGUCACUGACUGACCUUUUUCUUAAAGAUUUUUUUAACCACAAACAGCUGCUAUAUUUCUCUCUACAGACACACCCGACUACAAUGAAAAAAAAAAGAGUUGUAACUCACAAGAGAGGAGUUUCUGCUCCUACUCUGCCUGGCUCAUUUAGAUUUUUUAAUCUCAUGUGCACAGAUAAUGUUUGAAUCAACCAAUUAAAACAGUAAAGCAACAAAUUAACAAAACCAAUCACAGUAGAGCAGCAAAGGGUGAUGCUGAAAGGUACAAGUACUGGAGCAACAUAACAGCUGUUUGUUGUUUCAAAACAAAUGACUUUUAUACCCACUAAUAUGUAAAAAAUAUUCCUGUAUUAUGAUGCAUUAUGUCUUUUGUCAAUGUAGCCAAUAUAAUCACUUAGGUGUGAUUUUAAAGCACAGUUUUUAGAGCUCAGUUGUUAGUCUGGUCCAGUGUUUUACGUUUCACUUUAUUUCACAUUAAGUACUAAGUGCCAGGGCCGAGCGCUCACACUCAGGGACAGUAAAGCACACUCAAGGGUUUAAAUUUUAAAUCUUACCUUGUUGAGCAGCUGGUUUAUAACAGGUUCUAUUUCAUUAUGUUCAUCAGGCAGACACAACAAUGUUUGUUUCCUGUGGCUGAAAAGUCAAUUCACAACUACUCUGAAGAAGUGUGGUCACAAUACCAACGUUUAAAACUUCGAUAUGAUUCUAGUAAAAGUUAAACAACAUUGAUACCUGCAUGUACGGUGGCCCUGAAGAGCAACAAAAAUAAAAUCACUGAACUGCAAUAACCAUGUCACAGAACGCACACAUAUUUCAUGAAAUAUAAAAACAUCUGAAGAAAAUCUCACAAUAUGUUGAAAGUGUUGACCACCCGUAUCUGAAGUAAAUCUAAAUGAAGUGAUGUUCAUAUAUUUAGCUGAAUGUAUUCAUUGUAUUUGAAAUGUUAAAGGUCCUAACAUUACAAUUAUUAAGCACUUAAAACAUUUACUAACAUGUACCAGUCUGAGUCAUUUCAAUAACUAUUCUCAUCAUGUUCCUGUGAACAUAUGUAGCAGUUUUUUAAUCAUCUGUAAUGUGUCUUAUAUAAUUCAUAACUGAUUGUUAUCCUAUUCUUGUACGUGAGUGUUCACCUGUUGCCUCAAACAUGUCCACUCAUAAAGAAAGUUGUAGAAAUGAG